AUGUCACAAAACAAUCCUUUUAUUCCUCUCCACAUUGUCGAAGAAAUUCUGCUCAACCUAGAUGGCAAAACCCUAAUUCAAUGCGUCUUCAUUUGUAGAGAUUGGAAUUCUCUUAUUACUAGUCCUAAUUUCAUAUCCGGCCAUUCAAAUCGAGCUUUUGAUUCCAAAAAAGAAGUCCUCCUCAUUAAAUGUUACCGACCCAAAGAGACCAAAUCAAGUGAAUCCGUUCGUGAAAGUAUAGUGAAAUUUGAAGGCAGCUAUUCAUUACAUUUGGAUAAUGACCAAUUCGAUUUGUUUCGCACAGUAAAAAGUCCUAUCAUUGAGGGCUACAGGGGAUUAACGAGGAUGGGCACAAGCAACGGUAUAAUAUGUUUUGUUGAUCAUCCACCCAUCAACUUUGUCCUUUGGAACCCAACAAUUCAAAGAUAUGUUUUUCUUCCUAGACUCACAUUAUUGACUUGGGAUCUACAUCGAUCAGUUUUAGCGUUUGGUUUUAAUCGUAGGAGCAAUGAUUUUAAGGUUGUAGUCCUUGUUUGUCAUAAUUAUGAAGUUAGUUCAAUUGAUUCGGCUUAUGUCUUCUCGUACCUCAAUUGGUCAUGGAAACAUGUCACCGGUAUUCCUCCUCCUCCUCCUCGCGAUCUCAAAGAGGGUUCAUUUGAUCGUGUGCUUAUUAAUGGUGCACUUCAUUGGAUUGUUUGGAACAAAAUAGAAGGUUAUCCGUUUGUACUUACAUUUGAUCUAACGCACGAAGUUUUCGGCGAAAUAUUACUUCCUAGAAGUAUUGCCAACGAUGCAUAUUCUCUUUCAAUAAUGGCAGUGGGAGAUUCAAUUGCUGUGUCGUCAAAGAAGAAAAACAAGUUUAGUGAAAGAAUAUGGUCCGUGUGGAUUAUGAAACAAUAUGGGAUUGAUGGAUCAUGGACAAAUAAAGUUUCAACAAAUGAGCUGCAUCCAAUAGAAGUGUUGGAUAUAAGAAAGAAUGGGGACAUAAUACUAGAAAAAAGAGCUGGCCAGUUUGUUAGAUACAAUCCAUCAACUUCAACAACCAAGGUCCUAAGAGCUUUAGAUGGCAGUGUUUUUAUCGGUAAUCAUGUGGAGAACUUGUGCUUACUAGAUAAGGGUGAGGAUGUAAACCCCAAUCAAUUGAUGAUAUGA